AUGACCAGCGUAGCGGUUCCAAAUCAAACAGAGUAUUCGUUCCAGUACACUGAACAAGAAGACAACAUAACUUUCAUCAGUACGGUUAUCCGAGGGCAUGAUCCUCUCGAUAUUGUAAACGUACGUGGAAAAGUAGUGAAACUACUUCCAGAAAUAACAGCGGGGCGGAUCACAAAGGGACUUCGAAAAGGUGCAUUCGUUGAUAGCACUGGUGUCAUUUUACUUCACUUAUGGGAACAAAAUAUUGCCGAAGUGGAAGACGGCAACGUUUACACCAUCACAAGUGCUCGUGUUGGCAUCUGGAAUGGCCACAAGUACCUUAGAACUACACGUCAGUCUGUCAGUCAUUACAGUCUGUUCAGGUGCUGUGGAAGUCUCGGAUAUUCAUUCUAA